AUGGAAAAUCAGAAAACUCAAAACAACAACGACGACAUUGGCAAGGCACAAAGGACAGAAGAGACGCACAACGAUGUGGAAGCAGUUGAAGGCGGGAACAGGGCCGCGGGUGUGGCCGUCCGGGAGUUGCGGGUGUCGCUCUCUCGGUGCGACUCGCCCAUGGUCCUGGAGAGGAGGCAGCUGUCCGAUACGGACAGCGGCAGCUGCGCCUCAUUAGAGGCAAUCGGGGGUGAGGGCAUGCGCUCAAGAUCGCGCUCCCCACCCAGCCGAGUUUGGCGAAAGCGAUCGCUGACGCCGGAGGAGGGAUCGGCAGGCGCCAGAACAACGGCGCCGCAAAAGAGAGGCCGCGGACGCCCCGUAACAACGGGGGAGUACGCCGGCCUGGCCCGAGCAAAGGCGGAGCUCAACGCUCAACGGGAGCGGGAGAUAGAGCUGCAGGCGGAGGCGGAGCUGGCGGCGCAGGUCGCGGAGAGGAGCCGGGUGCUGCGAGCCCGGGCCAGGGCGGCGAUGCCCGAAGGUCCGGGAGAGGCGGCGUCCGGCGAGCACUCCGCCGAAGACCUCGCCGGCACGGUCGAGGCGGCGCUGGACGUAAUUGCCAGCGUCGCCAAGAAAUCGGCCAAGAUGAAGUGCCAGCACAUCGCCAGCGUCCGCGAGGCGGUGUCGACCAUCGGCGACGCGGUGCGAGCGCUUCGGUCCCGCACUGAGUCGCAGGAGGUCGCUCACCUGCAGGCCGAGCUGGCCGCUAUGAGGGCGGAGCUGGAGGCGGUAAAGCGGCAGGCGGCUGCCCCCCCGCAGAUGACCCGGGAGGAGAUCUUAUUUAUGGUAGACUCCCGGAUCGCGGGAAUUGGCGACCGCCUGCUGCCCGAGCCGAGGCUGCGCCCUCCGCUGGCUGCGGACGCACAUAAUGCCGCCGCCGCCGCCGCCACCGCAGGAGCGACCAACACUCGUCGCGAGGCAAAGCGCGCUGCCCCCGCCCCGGCCGUAGAGCCAGUGCCCGCCCCGACCCCAGUCCCCGCUGCGACGUGUGCCGCGGCGGCGAAAAAGGGUAAGGGGAAGGGCAAGAAGAGCCUGGCUGCCCGCGAGGCCGAGGCCGCCCGCAAGCCAGAGCCGGCGCCCCCCGCUCCCCAGUCCCAACCUGAGGAGGCCUGGAACGUGGUGACGCGGAAGGCGAAGGCCCCGAAGCAGGCGGCAACGGCCCCCGCGACGCCCGCCGCAUCCAAGAAGAAGAGGAAGAGGGCCCCCCGACGGCGACUGCGUGCUCCUAAAACGGCAGCAGUCGUCAUAACAUUACCCGAGGGGUCCAUGACGACCUACGAGGCCGUCCUGGACAAGGCCGAGAAGUCUGUCGACCUCUCGGCCCUGGGCAUAGAGGGGCUCAGGUUCCGCACGGCGAGAACCGGCGGCCGAGUCUUGGAGGUGGCUGGCGCCGACAAGGGCCAAAAGGCCGAUGAACUGGCGGCCAAGCUGCGGGCGACCAUCGGUGACGUGGCCCGCGUCUCCCGGCCGGAGCUCUGCGCUGAGAUACGCAUCUCCGGUCUGGGCGAUGCGGCCACCAGCCAGGCGGUGGCGGCGCAAGUGGCGAAGUUGGGGGGUUGCCCUCCCGAAGGUGUAAAGGUGGGCGUUAUAAAUCGCCCACCUGGCCGCCAGGGCACCGUGUGGGUGAAAUGCCCCGUCCUGGCAGCCAAGAAGAUCGUCGACGCCGGCCGGUUCACGGUCGGCUGGUCGACGGUGAGGGCAACCCUCCUGGAGGCGCGGCCGCAGCGGUGUUACCGCUGCCUGGUCUCCGGCCACCUAGGGGUGCAGUGCGACUGCGGCGUCGACCGCAGCGCGCUAUGCUUUCGGUGUGGCCAGCCGGGCCACAAGGCCGCGUCGUGCGAGGAGGAGCCCUCCUGCGCAAUUUGUGCUUCGGAGGGCGUGGAGGCCGGUCAUCGUUUGGGACACAAGAAGUGUCCAGCGAUGAACCGGCCCCCUACCAAAGGUGGCAAGAAAAAGACAGGCGGGGGCAAUCAGGGACCCCCCGCCUCGUCGUCUCCAGCUGCAGCUGCAGCUGAUGUGGAGGCAAUGGACACCGCCCAUUAA